CGAAACUCAUGGUAUUGUGGAGGCAGGUUGUUAUAUGACUGUGUAGUUACCAUAUCAGCCUGUGAUUCCCUGAUUGGUAGAGAACUUGUGCCACAAACAUGGUUUCCACAAUGUUCCUCGCAAUGGGAGAAUGUAAAAUUUACAGUCCGCGCUCCCCCAGUUGAUGGAGGGAUUAUGGGUAGAAAACCAAGGGAUGCCCAGGAUGACAGGAAAUUUAGGUGAUGUAAUCAGCUGAAAGUUGAUGGUCUCAAAAUUGUCAGCCUGAAAUUGGAGUACCAGAGGAACGGUUUCAUGAGUAUCUGGUCCUGAUGAUAAAGGUGAACCAUCAACCAUUCUCCAUAUCAAUAGGAGCAUAUUUGUUUUCUUCUGAGAAUAUUAUUGUUGUGGGCAAACUCUAUGUCAUAAAAGUUUCCCCAGCCCAGAGUCCAGCAUAGAAGA